AUGUAACACAUUCUAUAACAUAGAAAAAUCUAAAGUGUAAAGAUUUAAGCAUCCAUUGACCCAAUGUCAAUGCUAUAGUCUCCCUUAUUUUCCUUCCCAAAUCCCACUUACUACAUAUAGUCCACCAUUCUCUCUUCUCAUCACUAGUCAACUUUCCUCUCACUUUCUCCACCACCCAAUAAUCUUCAAAACCCACCAAACUAAUAAUUUGAAUUUCUUCUUUCAUUUAAAUUUAUUUGAUCAUUAAUUAUUCUAUACCAAAAAACACAUAAAACUUCAUCGUAGAGAAAAAAAGAAGGUGGCAAUCUAUUCUCAUAAAGAAGAAUACGGUUAAAGAGUCCGUCGACUAUAGAAGGAUCCUUAAAAAAAUUCUAAAAAAAAGAUUCCUACAACCAAAUAGACCGUAUGAAGCUGAAUCAACAAAAACUACAUAAAACUUAAUUAUACUUUUCUUUUCCAUUCAGGUUGUAAAAAUUAAAUUUUUUUCUCAAAAGUAAAAAAAAUUUUUAAGUACCAGACUAACUGAUAAGUAAUUAAUAAUUUAUAAUUUUUAUUAUUUGAAAUAGGAAAGCACUCAUCUUGGGGAGGGCUACUACUUAGAUGCUUUCAUUAGCUAUUCACCUAAGCUCUGUAAUAUCUCUUGUUGGAUUGGGUUGCCUUUUGUAUUUCAUCUUCAACCAUUCAGUUGAAUAUCCAAAGCAUCAGACGGUGGUUGUGUUCUUUAAUUCGACGGCUAAGAUUGGUCAGACUGAUGAUGAUUAUAUCUGUGCUACGUUGGAUUGGUGGCCUUCUGAUAAGUGUGAUUAUGGUUCUUGUAGUUGGGGCAUGGCCUCUCUUCUCAAUCUGGAUUUGAACAACACAAUUUUGUCAAAUGCAGUGAAAGCAUUUGCUCCCCUGAAAAUCAGAAUGGGCGGAACACUACAAGAUAAGUUAACUUACCAAACGGACGAGGAACAAUCUUGUAAUCCAUUUGUCCGGAACAGCUCUCAACUUCUUGGUUUCUCGGAAGGUUGUUUGCCUAUGGCUCGAUGGGAUGACCUUAACAGGUUCUUCAAAGAAACCGGGGCUAUUGUUACUUUUGGGUUGAAUGCACUAAAGGGAAGGACAAUAAACCCAGAUGGGUCAACAGUUGGAGCUUGGGAUCCUAGCAAUGCUGAAUACCUUUUGAGAUAUACAGUCAACAAGGGAUACAAUAUUUAUGGAUGGGAAUUUGGAAAUGAGCUCAGUGGCAAUGGAAUCGGUGCGAAAGUAAGGGCUCAGCAGUAUGCUUCUGAUGUGAAAACGCUACAAAAUCUGUUGCAAAAGAUGUAUGUUGGCUCGGAAUCCAAGCCUAUUGUGCUAGGCCCGGGAGGAUUCUUUGACGCUACAUGGUUCUCCGAGUUUAUUGGUGAAACAACCAAGUCUGUGCAAGCAAUCACUCACCAUGUCUAUAAUCUUGGUGCAGGAGACAACAGUGACCUUAUUGGUAGGAUAUUAAAUCCAUCUAUCCUCGACUCGGAAGCAAAUGUAUUCAGUACCCUCCAACAAGAAAUUAGGCGUUCAGGGACUUCGGCUAUAGCUUGGGUUGGUGAAGCCGGCGGCGCUUUUAACAGCGGUCGCAAUCAUGUGACAAAUGCUUUUGUAAUGAGCUUCUGGUACUUAGAUCAGCUAGGAAUGGCAGCAACCUAUAACACCAAAACCUAUUGCAGACAAACUUUGAUAGGUGGAAAUUACGGGCUUCUCGACAAAUCUAAUUUCGCUCCAAAUCCCGAUUAUUACAGUGCUCUACUUUGGCAUCGGUUGAUGGGAAAACAAGUUCUAUCCACAAGUGUUACAGGGACGAGAAAGUUACGAGCCUACACUCAUUGCUCGAAACAAUCUCAAGGGAUCACAUUGUUAUUAAUCAACAUAGACGCUGAGGUGACAUUUGAAGUCAACAUAACUACAGAAAACGGAAGCGUUUCAGUAGAAAAUAGAGGCCCGUUCGCUCGAAAAUCCAAGUUCGAGAAAAUGCCAAUAAUCAGUACAAGAGAAGAAUACCACCUGACCGCGCCAAAUAAGGAUUUGAGCAGCAAGAAAGUGCUCUUAAAUUGGAAAGUUUUGACAGUUGAUUCCUCCAGUGGUAUUCCACCAUUAAAACCUGCAAUUGUAAAUAUAAACGAACCUAUAACUGUCGUACCUUUCUCGAUUGUAUUCGUACAUAUUCCAAGCAUUGUUCCAUAUGCUUGUACAUAGAAAAGAUACACAUCAGAACAAGAAAGAAAAUAGAAAUACAAAGCACAAAUGUAACAAAUAUUAAUCAAUUUUAAUAUCACAGUAAUCCUCAUACUCUUAAAA